UGUUGUGUGCUGAUAAAGUUUUUUGAACAGUUCAACAUGGCGGCGGUGGUGGAUGCGAUGGUGGGGAGGCUGCUGUCUCUGUGGAGGACACCGGCUCUCAGACUCUACUUCCCCGGGAUCUUCGUGCUGCUGACGGUGUUGGGCUCGGUGCUGAAGGAGCUGGAGCUCGUCCCGGAGACAUAUUUCAGCAGCAGGAGGAACCUCCUGAAUCUGUAUUUUGUCAAAGUGUCUUGGGGCUGGACGCUGCUGCUGCUGACGCCCUUCAUCCUCCUCUCCAACUCCUCCUUCAGCAGGAGCGCCUCCUUCCUCGGCCGGCGGCUUCUGUCUCUGGCGGUGGCGACGUCCGUCUGGUACAUCUGCACGGAGACAUUCUUCUACAUCGAGGACGUGACCGGCUCCUGUUUUGAAACGGCUGCCAUGGAGGUCAUUAACUCGGAGUUCACAGCCAAAGCCGCCUGCAGGCGCGCCGGCUUCCACUGGUGGGGCUACGACAUCUCAGGACACUCGUUCAUCCUGUCUUACUCCACCCUCUUCAUCGUGGAGGAGAUGGCUCCCAUGGCCUCAGUGAAGACAGCGGGUCUUUCUCCUCUGCUCAGGUUGGUUCUCAACCUGCUGUACGUGGCGUUGAAUCUGAUCGUGACCCUCUGGGUGUGGAUGUUCGCCUGCACCUCUGUUUACUUCCAUGACGUGGUACAGAAGUGGCUGGGGACCACGUUCGGUCUGUUGGGCUGGUAUCUCACCUAUCGGGUUUGGUAUCUGAAACCUUUGUCCCCAGGACUCCCCCCCCAGCGUCACCCAAAGGAAAAGAAGCAACACGCCUAAGCUGCACUCAAACUCUCCCGCACAACAUUGUUUCUAACAUUUCCGACACACUACAGUUGAUGUUAUGUCCCCAGGUCCAAGCUGGCCGCACUAUUUUAAGUUAUAGAAAGGUCGUUUUGUAGAGGAGGGCUGGCUCGGAGUUCCUCCACAGUGUUUGGCAGCUGCUGUUCCCAAAAUGACUCUUUGUAAUCUGAGAUUAAAGCGAGACGCUGCUCCCGUGUCCUGCUUCUCACAUUCAGUCCUGCACUGAACUCCACAUAUUCUCCGGAGGAUUCAUCAUCUCGCCCGUGAUGAUGAAUCCUCCGGAGAAUCUCCUGCUGUGUUCUCACACGGGGGGGGAACAAACUCCAAAGAAAGUCCGAACCCGGUUGUGCGGACAUUCUCCAGAGAGCGUGUGGUUCUCGGGCUGCGUGAUUGUCGGUCUGACAGUUUGUUGCCUUGUAAUAUUUUUUUUCCUCACAGAUGAGUAAUCACAGUUUUUACACAUGUGCGUGGAAACUCUAGAGAAUGUUUUCUGCUCUCGUUUAUUUCUGCAGAUCAAUGUUCAUUGUUUAUAGGAAACAAAGUGAGAUCAGACCAGAGGACAUUACUUUUCAUCCCACAGAUUUUAACGAGCUGUUUUUUUUUUUUUUACACACAUGUGGUUUGAGGCUGCUGUGACUUAACUAGAUCGUUUAACUGUAGUUGUAGGCCAGCCCUGCAAGUACAAAAAUAUUAUUCAAAUACUUCAGAGGAUAAGGCUGGAAAUAUUCAGUAAGUAUUAUAGUAUUCAAUUAUUUAGGGCUGCAUCGAACAAGUAUUUAAAUUAAGAAUAUGAAAUAUGAAUACAAAAAAUGUCACUGUUCCAAUGGUACAAAAUCCCAAAAAAUGUAGUUUAAUUGAAAUAAAAGCAGAAAGUUUCGUCACUGUAAAGAUAAAACUUAAGAAUAUUUGACUUUUUGUCCUUGCUACCAAAAAAAUGUAAACGAUAAAUAUAUGUUUAAAACAUUUGUUAUGUUCUUUUUUCAGCUGAAAUGUUUCACCUCUUUAACUAUAAAGUAGUAGAAGUAUAAAUAAGCUAAGCUGAGCUAAUUCCUCUCUGCCACAGACCUCCGUUGUUUUCCACACUGAUGGUGUUGAUCCACAGUUGUUGAUUUGUAAUCUGACAUGAACCAUGAUCAUCCAUCUGUGUUUGAGUGAAGGUUAUUUAAAAAAAACCACUGUGCCUGGUUGUUUUACAAAGUAGUUCAAACUUUUUAAAGACUUGAACUACAUUUGCCAAACGUGUUUGUUUGAUAUUCGUUAGCAGAAAAAUGCAAAAGGUAACUGAACUGAUUUCCAUGCAGGGGUGGAGCAUGUUCCAAUAAAGAAUCUGUUACGUUUCUUUGCACAUCCAGGAUUUUCUUUUUCACGUUCUUUUGAUCUAUAGGCUGAGAAUUUCU